AUGGGUAUCUGUCUCUCCUCUCAGAACACACAAACAGAUCAUGGCGGAAGAGAUGUAAGUCUGAGAUGGUCAUCGACGGUAAAGGUCAUACGAACGGACGGUCGUUUACAAGAGUAUAAGCAACCCAUCACCGCCGGGAAAAUCACCGGCGAGAAUCCAAACUGCUUCCUCUGCAGCUCAGAGUUCAUGUCCAUUGGCUCAUGCGUACCCCAAUUGCCCGAACACGAAGAAUUGGGAACGAAUCAGAUUUAUUUUGUCUUGCCUCUCUCUCAAACCCACCGUCCAUUGUCCCUGAAGGAAUUGUGUGCUCUGGCUAUUAAGGCCAGUGCCUCUCUACCCAAACCCGACGCCGCCAAGUUUUCGUCGAUCAGGAGGUUGGACCGUUGUGGCGUACANAGUUACGGGAUUGUUGAUGCCAAAAAUUGGCCACUGAGCUCUAGGGGGAGUCCUUGCAAGAGAAGUUGA